AUCAGGCAAGCCAAGUUGAGUCGUGUUUGGUUCUCUCUCUCUGCCAGCGAGUGGAAUCUGUGGGCCCAUCUCAUCUGUGAUCUGUGAUCUGCGUAUGAGUCUGCGUUCAGUCGUGCCAACGUCGCGUGCUCGACAGCAACAACAAAAAUAUACUAAAAGCGCGUUCUCCUCACAUAUAUACAUAUAUAUAUAUAUAUAUGUAAAUAUAUAUAUUUACGUGUGCCCACAAUCAACUGUAUUUUGAAUUAACCGAAAGGGUUGAAACUUAUGCAAAUUUAUGCAUAUUUCGCUCAGCCUGGAGUAUAUUUCCAUGCAUUAAUUUAAAUACUUUUGGCUAGUUAAUCAAGUUGGCUUAGUUGCUGCACCAAGGUCCAACGGAAACGCACUUCUGGUAACGCCCGUGUGUACGGGCCUAGGGUAAUACUUACAUAGAGUCACAAUGACGCGACCCAAGCAGGAUGCGAACAAAUUUAAGAGCUUUUUGCAGGAGAAUGUGCUCACAAUGGCCACCGUGAUCGGUGUCUUUGUGGGCGGUCUCAUUGGCUUUAUAAUCAAGAACAGCACCGGCGAGUGGACAAAACGUGAGAUUAUGUAUAUAUCAUUUCCGGGCGAAAUAUUUUUGCGCAUGUUAAAGUGUCUCAUAGUACCCUUGCUGGUGUCCUCCAUAACAAGUGCAAUCGGCGGACUGGAUCUGAGUAUGUCCAGCAAAAUAGCGACGAGAGCUAUCACCUACUAUUUUGUAACAACAAUAUCGGCAGUUAUUUUGGGCAUAUGUCUAGUCACAACCAUACGACCCGGCCAGGGUGCCAAAAUUGUGGAGACACGCACUGAGACUAUUGAUAAAGCAUCAAAGGUGUUGACGCCAGACACUUUAAUGGACUUAGUGAGAAAUAUGUUCACGGACAACAUAAUACAGUCAACAAUGUUUCAGCAUCGUACGGAAAUAUUCGAGAAUACCAGCAUUUCCCCAGCACAACCCAUGGAGAACUGGGAGUUCAAGUCGGCGCAGCGUGAGGGUUCCAAUGUACUGGGUCUGGUCAUGUUCAGCGUAAUACUGGGCACAACAAUCGGUCGUAUGCGUGAGAAGGGCCAACUGCUGCAGGACUUUUUUACAACGCUCAGUGAAGCUAUGAUGACAAUAACGUCGUGGGUUAUUUGGAUAUCACCGCUGGGCGUUGCCUUUUUAAUAGCAGCCAAAAUCAUUGAGAUGGACUCUAUAGCGGCAACAAUACAAUCUUUGGGAUGGUAUUUCAUAACCGUUAUGAUAGGCCUCUUCCUGCACGGCUUUGGUACCAUCGCGGUCAUAUUCUUUUUGGGUACACGUCGCCUGCCGUAUCGUUACAUAGCCAAAUUGAGUCAAGUGUUGGCCACUGCCUUUGGCACGGGCUCCAGCUCGGCCACCAUGCCGUUGACUAUUAAAUGCCUCGAUAAUAUGGGCAUAGACCCACGUGUUACCCGCUUUGUCAUACCUGUGGGCGCAACAAUCAACAUGGACGGCACCGCCUUGUAUGAGGCGGUGGCAGCUCUAUUCAUUGCCCAGUACCGUGAGAUGAGCUACUCAUUUGGCACCAUUGUGGCGGUCAGUAUAACGGCGACGGCUGCUUCAAUUGGUGCAGCGGGCAUACCACAGGCGGGCCUUGUUACCAUGGUCAUGGUACUCGACACUGUCGGCCUGGAGCCUAAGGAUGUCUCGCUAAUUAUCGCUGUCGACUGGCUGCUUGAUCGUUUCCGCACCACUAUCAAUGUCAUGUGCGAUGCUCUUGGUACUAUUUUGGUUAAUCAUUUGUCGAAGAACGAUUUGGCAAGCGUUGAUCGGCUAAAUGCCGAGCCCCAUGAGCUGCUCGAACUGGGCACAAAUGGACAUGAAAUGAAAGAAUGAAGGCAGUCUUCGCUUGGCGCCUAUAAUCGCAAACGAUGAGUGUUUGAGGACGAGCACGAGCACGAUACCGAGAGCGAGGAUGGAAUGGAGCAUAAUGAUUUGAUGUACUCUCGUUAUCGUCGGCUUGCCUCAUCAUUUGUUUUGCGGCUAAAAGCGGCCAAGACGCACACAAUGUCAAGUAAUUUGGAACAGUUGUGAAAGCUGUCACAAAACAUCAACGAAUUUAUUUGAAGCGAUUGUCUGCAAUUAAAGACACUCGAAAGAUCAAUAAGAAACAAGAAAAUAAAAACAAACAAAUUUGGGAAUUAUUCCAUUCAACGUAUUAAUUAGCAUACAUCAUGAUGUAAAUAAUUAUGAAUAUAAUUAAAUUGAAUUGAGUUCAAAUUUAAAUUACUUUUUCAUACUUAGUAUUAAAAGAUGAGCAGAUAAAACUUGUUACAAACGCCUAAGAAAUGCAAUGUUAUAGUUCUUGCAAUUAACCCAUAAAUAUUAAAUAGUACAUUUCAAAUCGAAGGUAGAGAUUGUUAUUCCACUCGAUAAAAAGCUUCACAAAAUAUAAAGUAAAAGAAAAAAAUACUAAUUUGUAUAAGCAACAAACUUUAUUCAAAAGUUUUGUGUUAAAAUCAAUUAGACCUUAACAAUAUUUGAACAAAGAACAAAUACAAACAAAAAAAGACAAAUAUAUAUAUUUAACUUAGUUCGCUCAAAUUUUAUGAAUGAUGAUAUACACAAAUAUUCAAUGCCGUUAAAAGUUCUUGUUCGGAGUUGAGCUUUGUAAAUACUUAAUAGCUUAAGUAUAAUUAAAAAUAUUAAAGACCCAAAAAAAAAAAAAA